CCUGGUAGCUUCCAACACAACUUCUCUCCAUUGACACACAACAGCAAUCUUUAGAUGUAAACAAGUGAUUGCUUUGUUCUACUGCUCUGUCACAUGUGUUAGCAAAAGGAGAAAGUAUCGGAGUGAGUGAAGGGGAUAAAUAAAUAAAUGAAUGAAUGAGAACCGACCCGCCUUCCCUUCUUUCUCUCGCUAUUGACUCUGCCCUCCUCCAUAUUUCUUCCUUUUCUGAUCUCUCUUUCUUGCCUGAACACAUCCUUCUUGACCUUUUCCUGAGGACGUUGAGAGCUGGGAAACUAAACGAAAAGAUUUUGAAGCUGUUUAUUGCAACUGGGAAAGAAGAAAUCCUUUCUCUAAUUGACGCAUUUAACAUCCAAUGUGUUCUUACUCCUGUGCUUCCUACUAGAUGCUCUGAGAAAUUCUGAUAUUGUUCUAAUAACAAGCAAAUUAUUGCAAAAGGCUCUAGCCAUUUCUCAAGAGAACGAAACCUGUUUUUGCUUUCUCGUUGUAGCCUGAAAAAAUGUCUCUAGUCAGUGUGAAAGAUGAUGAGGUAGAUAUUGUGAUAGCUGCAAUUCAACCAGAUCUUACUUCAUUUCUGGAAGAAUGGAGAGCAGUAUUCUCCCGAUUUCACCUGAUAAUUAUCAAAGAUCCUGACCACAAAGAAGAACUUAAAAUUCCAGGUGGAUUUAAUUAUGAUACCUAUACAAAAGCUGAUAUUCAACGAAUUAUUGGAACUUCAAAUGCUGUAACUUUCUCUGGAUUUUCAUGCCGAUAUUUUGGCUAUCUCUUGUCGAAGAAGAAAUAUAUCAUCUCAAUAGAUGAUGAUUGCUUUCCAGCUAAG